GCCCUCGGCACCAUUCGUGUCGUGCUCGCAUCCAUUAGCCACCACGACGCUCCGCCGGUCUCCUCUCUAAUUCGACGGUCCUUUUCCAUGUCCAUCCACGGGCUAAUCCUCGAAGUCAGAGUCACCGGGUGCCGGAAGCUGCGGGACACGGAGUUCUUCACGCGGCAGGACCCCUACGUCGUCCUCGAGUACGCCACCACCAAGCUCCGCACCCGCACCUGCACCGAUGGUGGAAGAAAUCCGACUUUUGAUGAGAAGUUUCACAUACCCCUCAUUGAAGGGCUCCGUGAGCUGAAUGUUAACGUUUGGAACAGCAACACACUCACCCAUGAUGACUUCAUCGGCAGUGGCAGGGUUCAGCUCCACAAGGUGCUCACACAAGGAUACGAUGACUCCUCAUGGCCGCUUCAGACACGCCACAUGAGAUCUGCUGGGGAAGUGAAGCUCAUUAUGCAUUUUGAUGUCUCAGCAAUGAAGAACAAGAUGACUAAAAGUGCCGCCACAUCAAGGAUGCAUUCUGUUCCUCCACCUUCAAUGCCUACACCAGCCCCAGCGUUAGCAUCAGCAGUUCCAUACACUGGCGUCCAACCUUCAUAUCCACCUGCUUCAGCAUAUCCUGCAGCAUCUCGGUACCCAACUUAUCCAACUCCGAGCCAUUCACCAUACACCAGCCCAGAAUAUGCACCACCCCCGCAGCAACCAUGCCCACAAGUGGGAUAUCCUCCUCCAUCGUAUCCGCCACAGCCAUAUGGGCAACCAUACCCACCACAGCCAUAUGGGCAACCAUACCCACCCCCACCAACAGCACAGUCCCCGUAUCCACCUGCACCUUACCCUGGAACUUAUCCACCAAGACCUUAUUGAUAUAGUAGCUUCGGUAACCUCAAGCAGAGGCAUCAAAAGCAACAAACAACCAUCGUGAUGCUAUAUGAUGUGUGACUGCGUGUGGAUUCUUUAUUUCUGGUUAUAUGGUUAUUUUUCUAACAAAAUACUAUCAAUCUAAGCUGAAGGCAUGGAUGCCUUGUGAGAAAUAGAAGGGAAUAUCAAGUAUUUACAUGUCUGACGCUGAAGAAGCUUGGUUAAGUGAAACAAAUGGAAAUUGUUUCCUUUGAAUGAAUCGAGUGAACAGCCCAGCAAACAUCAGUUAUAUUUACCCUCUCUAAUAUGUACUAGCUUGCAGAAUGUCUUGACGAAGUCUAACCUAUAUUUGCUUGUUGUGGUUUGCCGGAUCAGAGAUUAGACCCAACUUGCUUCUGUUUUGGAGUCAUGUCUGACUGUUCGGUGGCUAUAAAAAUUGUGCAUAAUGGGGUAUUGGUGAUAACUGCAAAUGUGGUAGCUGUGAAGGUUGCACAUGUAUUUGUAACACCCAAUAAAUUUGCUUUGGUUUGAACUCUUGAA